AUGCGAUUAAGCCCAAACUCCCAUACCGACGUAAGUAGGUGCAUUGGCGAAGAGAUUUGGAGCAACGUCGGUGGGCCGACAAGAGGAGGUGCUGAACUACAGGGUGAUGGUAUCAUUCCUCCUUACAUUGGAAAUCUUUCUAAUUUAAAACUUCUUUAUCUCAGUUCAGAUAGAUAUGGGCUGAUGGUAGAUGAUAUGGCAUGGACUUCUGGACUUUUUUUACUUGAGCAUCUCGACUUGAGUUUAGUACAUCUUAGUGGAGAAGAAAACAUGGACAUGUUGUUUUACAUGCUUUAUUCAUUGAAAGAGUUAAGUUUGAAAGGUUGUGGACUCUCCAAUGCUUAUCUUGGCAUGAUGCCUUCUUUAUCAGUGCUACAUUUAUCAGAUUGUAGGCUCGAAAAGACUCAUCUAUCUUCCCCUCGUCUUAAUUUCACCACACAUUCUAAGAUCCAACACCUGGAUCUAAGUGGAAAUUUAAUUCAUGGCACAUUUCCAUCUGUCUUCACAAACAUGAGUUCCCUGAGAGUCCUCGACCUCUCAGAAAACAUGUUGAAUUCAUUGGUUCCUGUUAUGCCCAACCUUCUAGAUCUUGCUAUUUCCUAUAACUAG